UGGCAAUUUCUGAAAUAGAAAAACUAUGUGUUUCUUGCGCCGAGAACUUGCCGAAGGAGUGCUUUUCGGCUUCCCAAUGGCGUAAAGAAAGCAGUCGGUGCAAAAACUGCAUUCGUGCAUCCAAAAAUCCACCGAAAAUCUCAGACCCGAGGCUCUGCGCGUUUGUUGAAGAGUGCCAACGUGCCAAAGACGUCUAUCAACAGUCUCAGACGGAGGUCGUAAGUGAAAUCACUUCCUGGUUGCAUCUUGGUGGUGCCCUGAAACACGAUUCAUCAGUACAAGAACUUGCCAAUGCAACCCAUGGGAUUUGUGCAGCGCUUGAACGCAAUGUGACACCAGUCUUGCAGAAACGAUUUGAGAACAAUUUGAUGACCCUCAACCUGGAGGAUAAAGGCAGCGACUCAGACUUGGCUGACGCUUUAAAGCUGGCAAUUGCAUUUGCACAAGAAGCACUUCAGCAACCCGGGUGUGACUUCGCUGAGUCUGGACCGCAAAAGGAGCAUUUGAGCCUUGUUUCAUAGUAUGCCCUUAUUAUUCUGUGUUUUAAUCUUUCACGGUAUCUUUAUGUGGAACACCUCGUAUCGCCCAGAACAUCUUUGGGCUUCUAAGAUUUUAGGGUUUUAGGGUUUUGGUGUUUAAGGCUUGCUGUUUUUUACUUGUUUUUUGAUUUAGGGCCUUAGGGUUUGGGGCUUGGGUUUUAGGGUUUACGCUGAAGGGUUUUAUGGUUUCCGGAUUGGGGGUAACUUGUGCAAUGGAAGCACAGCCCCCUCCCCGAGCUUAUGAGGAAUGCGCGAAUAACCACUUUAAUUACAGUGUUUUGAGAGGGCUGAGGGCAAAUCAAAGUGUUUCCCCCGCAUCUUUACAUAACUGCAAAUAUGAAGUAUUGGUACAGCACGGUACAAACUUCUUAGUUUCUUGCAAAAUUGGCCCUGUGCCCAGUAUUCACUUGGAGUCAAAGAGGUGGACAUUUUGAUCUGAGGAAACCGACACACUUGUGCAGUGUGAAAUUCUUGCAGGUCAGAUCUACGUUUUUUGUGCCUUGGGUUGCAAUCGCUCCGUUGCGGUGGUCAUAGCACUCCUCAUGGCCAUUGAAGGCCUGAGCCUGGAUGCUGCGCUGACCCUUGCUAGAGAGAAGAGACCCGCAAUCCGACCAAAGUACAUGCGAGUGUUGGCAGACUUUGAAAUUCAACUUGGACGCGAGAGCUCCAGACCCGAGUUUCUGGAAGCCCCAGAUUCGAAGUCCUUGGGCACUCUCUAUUGAUGGAAAGCUGACUGUCACCAUGGGCACCAUGGGCACCAUGGGCACUAGAGCGAUGGCAGUGUCGCUUCCGCUAUGCUGAACAACUCGAUCAAACUUGUCAGACUGUGAAAUACCAUAGUGAGAAAGCUGGCGGGAUUCCUUGCUGCAACCGUUUUAUUUGAUGACAUUGUAUUUGACUUUCAUAGUCAUAGGAAGUAAUAAUCGCAACAUCCAGUGCUUCAAUGCAACGCAAUCCUGUGCAAAGCAAUCGACCCAGAGUUCAAUAUGGUUCCUGCC